AUGGCGACUUUGACACGCAGAGUACUGAGACUGGUUGCAGUUGUUGGCACAAUCCCCGCAGUUGGUGUUGCCGUGGGUUACAGAAUUCGGUCCCUACAGGCGGCUGAGAGAACGGGAGAACGUCGUAUAUACAGGGUUUGUGAUCUGCCGCUGUACCCCAGCCCAGAUACAGAUGUGCAGCAGGUGGAGCAGAAGAACACCUACCCUAGAAAUGUUGUGGAAGAACAGAUUGGUGUCGUCCGCAAAGAAGUCCAGGGUUUUCUGGGGCAGUUUGCGAAUACUUUUGAAACAGUCAGGGUGACAACUGAGACCGGAAUAGAGCAUUCAAAAGCCACUCUAGACUACAUACAGAAUAACCCUGGCGAGCUUCCUCGUGUAGUGUUUAUAGCUGUGGCUGGUAUGGGAGGUAUUGUCCUCGGCUACAGAGGUGGUAUCCUGCGAAAGCUGACUUAUGGCAGCAUAGCUGCUGUGUCCUGUGCCUCUGUGUGCUACCCCAAGAAGACUGUGGAGCUUGGCCAGACCUCCUUGGACUAUGUGAAAGAGCUGUGGAAGGAGAAUGUUGGAGAAGAUCUGUUGGAUAAAUACUGGCCGUUCCAUAAAGGUGAGCAUUGGGAAAAGGAAGACAGGGAAAGAAAUGAAAAGCUUGAAAUAUUUCUUGAAACUAUAAUAAUUUUUUUGCAGACGAUUUCACAGUCCUCAUCUAGUGCCGAUAAAACAGAGGGCCAGGGCAAGCAGUCUGGUCUGAAAGGAGACCCCGGCCAGUCGAACCCAGCAGACAAAGAUUUGUAUAGCACCAGAUCUUCUUGA